ACUGUAUGUCGUGUUUAGGAUCGCACAUGAGUAUACAAUUUUCUUUUAAAGCAGUGCAUUUACGUCUAGAAGCUGGGAAAUAAGAGACGUCAACUGGUCUUUUUAGGAGACACAAACAUCCUUUUGUCUAAGAUGCAUCACGACUUCAAAGUCACAAAGUUGGAAUGGACACAACGGCUGUUUCUCUACUUUAUGGUCUCAGGGACUAACUCUCUGGUCACAGUUUACCAGCCUCCUGUGCUCACCGCUGUUCUGGGGCAUGAUGUUAUAAUGCCUUGCCAACUCAGUCUUACUGAUGAGGAUAAGAGAAUGCAGACUCCACCAAUUCUCUAUUGGAUGUACUCAACAGAGGGCAGCAGUGGCGGGUCCAUAGUGUGUAGCUACUCUGAGAAUUAUACGGGACGUAUUGAGCGUCUGGACAAUAAUCAAAACUCUUCAAACAAGUCCAUACUCUUAAAGAAUGUCCAGUGGGCCGACACCGGGAGUUACUUGUGCCAACUCUCCCUCAAAAACAACAAUGGCACACGUUUCAGGACAAAAGGAAAGGAAACCUUACUGAUGAUUUAUGACACAAUGUUCUUCAACUCCACUGGUCACAAUGACUCUCUGCUCCAGUGUGGAGUCAACGUGACACGGAGAACCGGAUUUUCUUUGUCCAUUGUUCACAAUGGGAUCAAACUCCAACCUGUUGGCUCUGCUCCAGGUGAGGCUGAUGCAGCUCUGCCCUUCAUCAGCCUCUCUGAGACCGUUCCUCUGAGGGGAAAAGGAGAAUACGAGUGUCAGUUACACCUGAACAAAGAUCUGGUAACGAAAAGCAUCUUCCACUACCAAACGCCUGAGCUAAAUGUGAUGCUGUUCCCAGAGCCGUGGUUCCUGUAUGGGGCUCUCCUCCUGGUUCCCUUUACAAUCCUGCUGGCACUCAUAACUGCCCUUCUGAUGUACAGGUGCUAAGUUUGUCAACAUUUAGCAAUGGAAAUUAAGUUGAAAGUGGAGGAAUCUGACUGAAAAUGUUAUUCAUAAUAAUAAUAAUAAUAUCAGACUGCAGGUAAAACAGUUUCUGCUCUGUUAAAUAUAUUCCACAUUGCAUUGUAUUUCACCGGCAGCACCUUUCCAAGUCCCUUCAUAUGGUUCAACGAGGCACAGUUUAGAAAUGUGGCUUUCUUUCUCAUAACAUUUAGAAAACACAAACAGAAUCUCAAAAUCCACAAUGCACCAGUCUUGGUAUGGUGCAUUCUGGCUCUAUAGAGACUUCUGUUAAUUCAGAAGACUCUGUGCAAGGACCCUGGUCCAUUCUCCUGUUUUGGAAUUGCAUUAAAAACUUUUAUAAAGUGUUAAAAUGUAGAACAUCUUGUAUGGGUUGCACAUUCAAACACAGGAUCCAACCAAUUACAACAACUUAUUGAUUGCAGUGAAAGAUGGUGGAGGAUUUUUUUCCUACACAUCAUUCAUGCAUCCACAAUCUUGGCCUUUCCACAUUUAUCUGACUCUAUGAAACCUGAUGUACUUAUGAUCCUGUUUUCUUCAAGUUUGUAUCUUCUUGGUCGAAUGUACUUAUUGUAAGUAGCUUUGGAUAAAAGCGUCAGCUAAAUGCAAUGUAAUGUAAUGUAAUCUGAAAAGUGGAGUUUAAUAGCUUCCAAUCAGGAGUGGCAAUGUAUCCAGUGAAUGAGGCUGGGUGGUUUAAAGUAAAACUUGGCAUAGCCGCAUGUGAUUUUAAAUGUGCACCCCACACAAGAUGAUCUGUGAGUUGACGCUGCCAUCAUCAUUACAGUUUUUUUCGUCAUUGUGAAGUUGGGAAAUAUCUUUUGACCACGUGAGAAUAGUGGAAGCCAAGCAACCCGUUAAACUAAAUAGUGGCAAAUGACUUAAAUUAAAAGGCAUUAGCCCAAGAUUCAAUAACAAUUACUACUAUUAAAGUGGAGGGUUCCAGUUACUUUAACAAAUCACAAAACACUGUAUGUCUCUGUAAUAUAAUGUACAUGCAUAUAAACAAGACAAAUCAUUCCUUAUUCCCUUUUUCCGUGAGAUAAAUAAAAUCUGUGGCCGACGAAGAAGUAUUUGUUGACUAGUUCUCAACGUAAACUGUGUUUCACUGUGAAUAAUAAUGCAUAAAAGACAACCGAAUAUG